AUGUCGUCCGUUAAGGUGGCGGUCCGUGUGCGACCGUUCAACUCCCGGGAGAUCGGCCGGGAGUCAAAGUGUAUCAUCGAGAUGGCCGGCAACACCACCUGCAUCACAAACCCCAAAGUACCGCCCGGUACCUGUGACUCGGUCAAACGCUUCAACUACGACUACUCGUAUUGGUCGCACGAUCCCCGCGAUCUGGAAUUCUCCACACAGGCCAUGGUUUACUCGGACAUAGGCGAGGAGAUGCUGCAGCACUCGUUCGAUGGAUACAACGUGUGCAUCUUCGCGUACGGUCAGACCGGCGCUGGCAAGUCGUACACCAUGAUGGGCAAGCAGGAGGAGAACCAGGAGGGUGUGAUACCGAUGAUCUGCAAGGACCUGUUCCGUCGGAUACAGGAAACGGAGAGUGACGACCUGAAGUACUCGGUCGAGGUGUCGUACAUGGAGAUCUAUUGCGAGCGCGUCCGGGAUCUGCUGAACCCGAAGAACAAGGGCAAUCUAAAGGUGCGCGAACACCCGCUGCUCGGUCCGUACGUGGAGGAUCUGUCAAAGUUGGCGGUCACCUCCUAUCAGGAUAUCCACGACCUCAUUGACGAGGGCAACAAGGCGCGUACCGUGGCUGCCACCAACAUGAACGAAACGAGCUCCAGAUCGCACGCUGUGUUUACGAUUUUCUUCACCCAAAAGCGCCACGACCGUAUGACCAGCCUCGAGACGGAGAAGGUUUCCAAAAUCAGUCUGGUCGAUCUGGCCGGGUCCGAGCGGGCGGACUCGACCGGCGCCAAGGGAACACGCCUGAAGGAGGGCGCCAACAUUAACAAGAGUCUCACCACUUUGGGCAAGGUCAUCUCGGCGUUGGCAGAAAUCGCCUCGAAGAACAAAAAGUCCAAAAAGGCCGACUUUAUACCGUAUCGUGACUCGGUUUUAACAUGGCUGUUGAGAGAAAACCUUGGUGGAAACUCAAAAACUGCAAUGAUUGCCGCGAUAUCGCCGGCCGAUAUCAACUACGAUGAAACGCUCAGCACAUUACGAUAUGCCGAUCGCGCCAAGCAGAUCGUCUGCAAGGCUGUCGUCAACGAGGACGCCAACGCGAAGCUUAUCCGCGAGCUCAAAGAGGAAAUACAAAAACUGCGCGAACUCCUCAAAGCAGAAGGAAUCGAGGUCCAGGAAGGACCGGACGGUAAAGUGGUUUGUGAAAAGCGAGAUGCUAAUAAAGAUGGUGAAAAGAAGAUCCAUUCGCCGAACCGCAACCGCAAGCGCACCGGUUCCAGCACGGAAAUGGCGGUCGAUCAGCUGCAGGCUAGCGAAAAGUUGAUCGCUGAGUUGAACGAAACCUGGGAGGAGAAGCUGAAGCGUACCGAGCAGAUUCGCGUACAGCGCGAGGCCGUCUUCGCCGAGAUGGGCGUGGCAGUGAAGGAGGACGGUAUCACGGUCGGUGUGUUCUCGCCCAAGAAGUCACCGCAUCUGGUAAACCUGAAUGAGGAUCCGACCCUGUCGGAGUGUUUACUGUAUUACAUCAAGGACGGACUCACUCGCCUCGGCACGUCGGAAGCAAAUGUGCCGCAAGACAUCCAACUGUCGGGAUCCCACAUCUUGAAGGAGCACUGCGUGUUCGAGAACAAGGACGGUGUGGUGACACUGGUGCCGCAUAAGGAUGCACUGGUUUACGUAAACGGGCGCAAGGUGAUCGACCCCGAGGUACUGCAGACCGGGUCGCGUGUAAUUUUGGGCCGCAAUCACGUGUUCCGGUUUACGCACCCGGAGCAGGCACGCGAAAAGCGUGAGAAAAAUAAAGAGGUAGACGUGUGUGAAACUUCUCCCGGCGGCGGCGAGAUUGCUGAUUGGAACUUUGCCCAGUGCGAGCUGCUCGAGAAACAAGGCAUUGACUUGAAGGUGGAAAUGGAGAAGCGCUUGCUGGCACUAGAGGAACAGUACAAGCGCGAGAAGCGGGCCGCCGAUCAAGAGUUUGAAGAGCAGCGCAAGACCUACGAGGCACGAAUUGAUGCGCUGCAGAAACAGGUGGAAGAACAGUCGAUGACGAUGUCGAUGUACAGCAGCUAUAGCCCCGAGGACUUCCAUCAGGAGGAAGACAUCUUUGUAAAUCCGCUGUUUGAAUCCUGCUGGACAGCACGUGAAGCCGGGUUGGCUGCGUGGGCAUUCCGUAAGUGGCGUUACCAUCAGUUCACUUCGCUUCGAGAUGACCUUUGGGGCAAUGCUAUCUUCCUGAAGGAGGCCAACGCCAUUUCUGUGGAGCUGAAGAAGAAGGUUCAAUUCCAGUUCACUCUGCUCACCGAUACCCUUUACUCACCGCUCCCACCGGAGUUGACACCGUCAUCAGUUGGAGCCAUUACCGGCGGCGGUCAGGAGGACGAUUUUGGUCACACGCCAAUACCGAGAACGACCGUCGCCGUAGAGGUUACCGACACUAAGAACGGGGCUACACACUACUGGAGUUUGGAGAAGCUACGGCAAAGGUUGGAGUUGAUGCGCGAAAUGUACCACAACGAGGCCGAACUCAGCCCGACCUCGCCGGACUACAAUGUUGAGAGCUUGACCGGGGGUGACCCAUUCUACGAUCGUUUUCCGUGGUUCCGCAUGGUGGGAAGAUCGUUUGUGUACUUGAGCAACCUGCUGUAUCCGGUUCCACUCGUGCACAAGGUGGCGAUUGUGAACGAGCGUGGCGAUGUGCGGGGUUACCUACGCGUAGCGGUUCAACCCGUGAUGGACGAAGAGAAUGCCGACUUCAGCAAUGGCGUCAAACAGUCCGCCCGUAUUCUGUUCGAUGAGGAGCAGAACGGUCAGCACAAAGUGCCCAAGAUUCGUACCAUCCCCGACAAGGACGAGAAGUACAUCGAGGGCGGCCACGAGAUGGGUACGAAGCUGGAGGAACUCGAGCAGGAAGACGCCGAUUCCGGGCGUGGCGAUUCGAGCGUUGCUUCGGAGCUCCACGAGUCCAACGAUCAGGAGCCGGGCGAGCAUCUGCAACCGGGCAAGGAAUUUACGUUCCGCGUUACGGUGCUGCAGGCAACCGGAGUUGCUGCAGAGUAUGCCGACAUAUUCUGCCAAUUCAACUUUUUGCACCGCCACGAAGAAGCUUUCUCGACGGAACCGGUCAAGAAUUCUGGAUCGGGCGCUCCUCUUGGAUUUUAUCACGUACAGAACAUAACGGUGCCAGUUACCAAAUCGUUCAUCGAAUACCUGAAGACUCAGCCGAUUGUCUUCAAAGUGUUUGGUCACUACCAGCACCACCCGUUGCACAAGGACGCCAAGCAGGACUGCCAGAUCACGAGACCGCCUCCGCGGCGCAUGUUGCCACCCAGCAUUCCGAUCAGCCAGCCGGUGCGCAGUCCCAAGUUCGGACCACUGCCGUGUCCGCCUUCGUCGACAGUGCUGGCAAAGCACGAUGUGCUAGUGUGGUUCGAGAUUUGUGAGCUAGCCCCGAACGGCGAGUACGUCCCGUCGGUUGUGGACCAUAGCGACGAUUUGCCGUGCCGUGGGCUGUUCCUGCUGCACCAGGGAAUCCAGCGUCGCAUUCGCAUCACGAUCGUACACGAGCCGACGCCGGAAGUGAAGUGGAAGGAUAUCCGCGAGCUGGUCGUAGGCCGCAUACGCAACCAGCCGGAACCGGCCGACGACGAGGAUUCAGACUCGUGCGUACUGUCACUCGGACUGUUCCCGGGCGAGGUGCUCGAGGUACCGGGCGAUGAUCGAUCGUUCUUCCGCUUCGAAGCUGCCUGGGAUUCGAGUUUGCACAACUCGGCAUUGCUCAACCGCGUCACGCAGGCCGGCGAACAGAUUUACAUCACACUGAGCGCAUACUUGGAGCUUGAGAACUGCGCUCGACCGGCCAUCAUCACCAAGGAUCUGAGCAUGAUCAUCUACGGGCGUGACGCACGCACCGGACCCCGCUCGUUGAAACAUCUGUUCUCCGGCCAGUACCGCAACCCGGAGGCGAACCGCCUGUCGGGAGUGUACGAGCUGUCCCUGAGAAGAGCUUCUGAAGCAGGUAGUCCAGGUGUCCAAAGACGCCAGCGCCGCGUGCUGGACACAAGUUCCACUUAUGUUCGUGGCGAAGAAAACCUACACGGUUGGCGUCCGCGCGGGGACUCACUCAUCUUUGACCACCAGUGGGAGCUGGAGAAGCUUACGCGGCUCGAGGAAGUGGGCCGUGUACGGCAUCUGCUGCUGCUGCGUGAACGCCUCGGAAUGGACACUACUCCGAACCCGACCACGAAAACCGAGAAGGAGGUGUGCAACUUGGCAGCCCGCGCUAGUGCUUCACCGGUGCACAUGGUAAUACCUCCAUCGCCGCAGACUCCGGUGAAGGACCAGCAGGCACCGGUCAUGCCGGAGCGCGACCUAUUGCCCCGUGAAAGCGAGCUCGUGUGGAAGUGCGUCAAGCUAAUCCAGGGCCGUAUCGGUAGCGGCAAGGAGUUGAGCGGCGAAUCAAACAGUGCCGCCUCGCAGGCGGCUGCCGAUGCUUCCCCCGGUGACGAGGGAUGUGCAGACAUGAGUGCUAGCUACAUCUCUAGCAACUCGAUUGAACUGUGCUCUCCGGAACGCGUUGACGUACCAAAUGGUUGGGAGGCACCGGCACCGGCCCCACAAACGCAGGACCUAUCGUUGCGUCUGUACGUCCCGGAACUGGAGGAGAUUCGCGUGAGUCCGGUCGUGGCCCGGAAGGGCUACUUGAACGUGCUCGAACACGGUGGAUCGGGCUGGAAGAAGCGCUGGGUGACCGUCCGGCGACCGUACGUCUUUAUCUUCCGCUCCGACAAGGAUCCCGUCGAGAGGGCCGUACUGAAUCUGGCCACCGCACAAGUGGAGUGCAGCGAGGAUCAGGCGGCAAUGGUAAAGGUGCCGAACACGUUCAGUGUUGUCACCAAACACAGGGGCUAUCUGCUGCAAACAUUAGGUGACAAGGAGGUGCACGAUUGGCUGUACGCAAUCAAUCCGCUGCUUGCCGGUCAGAUCAGAUCCCGCUUGGCCCGGAAAAAUAUCUCCAGCGUCAGCAGCAGUGGUAGUGGUAGCAACGUUGGUGAACCAGUGACAACUGGUUCUACGUCUGCCCUAGCUAUGGCAGCUUCGCAGGCCCAAACGAACAGUAGUAGCGCCGGCGGCAAAUGAGAUACAAUCACGAUGGAGUCCGUGCUGGUCUACUAAACACCCAUGGUCCACCAGCUCAUCGGUCACUCCUUCGUCGUAUCGAACCCAAGCUAUCGGCGACACCACCGGCAAAAUCAAACCAAAAUCUUUGUAGAACCCUCGUGUUGCCGUUGCAUUAUCCCUUCCACACUCGCAGCGCCUUGAUUUCGGAAACGAGAGAUUUAAGUUUCCACCCUCGGGCGAGAUAAGUUUUAUCCAUGACAAAAAAGGGUCAGAGCAAAAGAAAUGUCUCGUCGUUGCAAUCCUAUUCCCAACAAUUCUAGUCGGAUUUCGAUUCCAGGAAGCGGCGGUGGCGUACUACGAAUAAUAGGUAAAGUUAGGUUGGCAGAAUGGAAAGGCAGAGAGCGCCGUCUACCGAUCGACGGGUUUCGGAGAUUUAAAAUGGAAUGUUUAGUUUGAUAUGUUUGUUUUACUGUUUUUAGUUAAUGAAUACAGUUUUAUUCUGUUGUCGGCCAUGGGAACAAAGAUGGCCAACGUCUGGGAGAAUGAUUUUUGUACAUAAACAAGUUCUUUCAUAUUGCAAUCUCUUUAUGUUAGCCAAUGUUUCAAAGUGUUCAGUUGUGAUUCGUUUAGUGUCGAGGCUAGUGUAUUUCUAGGAUAAGCCUAAAAUUUCUACGAUGCGUGUGGA